AUUAUUUUCUAAAUGAGUCUGCAGUUUCCUGAAUGGAAGUGACUUUCUGAUUUAUCAGCAUCAAAUCAAGUUGUAAUGUUUGUCACUAUAUAAGAAGAUGGACACUGGUCAAGUGGUACUUCAAGACCCUCCAAAGAGGGCACCUCCUCUUGGGAGCCCCACGCACACUGCAGUGACAAUGACCCAUAUCAACAGUACUAACGGCAUCUCUCAAACUCCAACACGGCCUUACAACUGUGACCAUACAACAGAGUCUGCCAUGUUUCCAAUGACAGCUGUGAUUCCAUCCGAACCCAAGAGAAUGGUUACCAUCAACAAUAACACAGAACACGACAGCACUUCAAAACAUCAGCAAGAGAGUGGUUUUUCCCCACUGAUACCAGGAAAUCAACCUAUUCUCAGUGCACCAGGGAAUCCAUCUGUUCCAAGCACCCAGCAGAGCCAGUCAAUUACAAAGAAUGGCAUUGUUUAUGAUGGACAAACCAAAAGGCCUGACAAUGAGACCACCUACAUCAACAGUGACACAACCGAGUUGAGGCAGGCCAACGUGCGCGCUCGUGGGGAGUUGCGACAUGCCAUGUCCGAAGUCCUUCCCAAUGAGCCUGUACGAAGGCGGAGUCAAACAAUGGCCAAUGCGAAAGAACAUGCCUUCUCUCGUUUACAAGAGGAACUACAGAAGGCCCAGGAUGAACUGAAGCUGAGGGAUGAGGAGUGUGAGAAGCUGCUGAAGGUGAGAGACCAGAUGGGUGAGGAGCUGGAAGAACUCACUGCCUGUCUGUUUGAGGAAGCAAAUAAUAUGGUCCAAGAAGCCAAUUUAAAAAGAAUGCAUUCUGAGAAACUCCUUAAAGAAGCCACAGAAAAGAUUGAGGUGUUGGAGGCAGAGGUUGUUGCCUUGAAACAGCUAGUCCUGACAUCAACCCCCAGCUCUCCCAACAAACAUCUACACCCCCAGAUAGACACUCUCAAACCUGAGACUAAUAAAAAGGAGAAGGAGAAGACAAGCAAACCGUUCUGGAAGACACAUCGGCGGUCAACCAGCCACCAUGAGUUUACUCGUGAAGCGAGACAGGAAGUACAGGCUCAGCAGGAAGCCAAGAAUGACCGAUGUAGUGAUAUUGAUCCUGUAUUCUUUGAGGAGUUUGUGAUGUGGAGGAAGAAUCCACGCUUGUCCAAGGACACAAACUUCCUGUCUAGGAUGUAUAUGGAGGAUAUCAGUCCCUGUCUCAACUUUGCCAAUAAACAGUUGUCCGAAAAUGUGAAAGACUGUGUAGAAAACAAUACGCUUACGAUUGAACCUAUUCCUGGUGACAGCUCCUACCCAAGGAGAUGUUGCCUCACAGAAAACAACAGGCUGUGUAAUUAUAAGAUAAAACUUGGAGAGGAUAUCACCUGGUACUCCAUAUCUCAACUCUGUAGAAAUCGGAUUGCUUCCGUUUGUGAUUUUUAUACCUACAUCAGAUACAUAAACCAAGGACUCGUCAAAAGUGAAAAUAAGGAAGCAUUUUAUGAAAUUUCACGACUCCGUAAGCAGAUGGCCCUCGCAAGACUUGGCUACUCCUGAUCUUAGUCCUGGUUUUAAUGUUAGUAGCAGUUUACUUGCCAGUCUUUUAUGAAAAUGUGAAUGUUUGUGGUUAUACAUGUAAAAGUGAGAGGUUGUAUUUAAUGGACAUUGUUGUAGAGUAAGAAUACAAGGAUUUUUAAUGUGUUUUCUAAUGUUGUUUUAAGUUAAUGUCAAUGGGACAGUUCAGCUGCCAUUCAGUUUAGCUCCCAGCUGGAGAGAUUGAAGACUAAAAAUGUUAAAAGUUGAUGGGGACCACUAGGGCAGUUUUACAUCCACUGCAUUAUCUUUAUAGCAUGCACCUCUAAGGGAGAUAAAUCUUUCAUUUUCCUUAUGAUAUCAGUUAGACUGAACCUGAGACUCAGCAUUUCAUAGUGUGGUGUUACCAUCUCGCCCGAUUUCAUUGGGUCUGCCUGAUAAUUGCCAUAUCAUGAAAAAUGCUAAAAUCCCAGGAUAUUUCUUCACUUUUGAUAAGUAUUUUAUAGUUUCUGAUUCAGUUUUACAUUCAAAAUAAUGUUCAAAUAUAACAGAGAACGUCAUCUAAAUGCAUACAGAUGUCAUAUCUAUACAAAAUAAUUGAUUAUAAAAACACCCUGUCACCCUUGAUUUUGAAGUUCAUGAAUCAGAUAUUAUUUGCCAAGAGGGUUGUGACCCUGAUAGUGUUAAAGUGUGUUUGCCAUCAUGUUUAAACUGACAGCUUUCUCUUUAAACACAGUUGUGAUACACCAGAUUAUUAAUAUUUUGUUUUGAACUGUCACAGUUGUAUGAUUCGUUGCUGGUUUUUUGAAUCAGUUUUUAUUUUUGUGGUUGAGUAUGUGUCAGACAUGUAUAGAAGUGUGUUAGUUGUAUUCAGCUUAACUAUUUAAACUGAGGACAUAAAUGUGAAUUCAGAACAGAGUCUGACAUACAGUGCUAUAAAUUCCAUGAUUUAAAGUUUAUCUCCCUUUUGCUCGUAUGUAAGUAAAGGGAGAUAAUUUGUAAAUAUAUCUAUAGAGUGUAUAUAACAUUUAUAUAUUGGUGUGUAAGGUUUGUUGUGGAGAUGUUUGUGGUAAAUGUAGAAAACAAUUAUAGGAAGUGUGUCAUUACUAUUACUUAAUUUCAUAAUUACUUUUCAACUUCUUUACAUUAUUUAUAUACAUUAAAGCAGAAGUUAGAUAUUUAAAGACUGAUUUAAAAAAUAAAAGCAGACCUGAUUUUUUAAUAAUAGGUUUCCAGAUUUGUCACAAGUAAAAGAAAAAGGCUUUGUAACACAGUCCAUUUUGCUCCAUAGAAAUAUUUUCAGAAAUAUCUGGAAAAUACAUUAUUACUGUUUAAAAGAAAGAAAGUUCAUGUAAUUCCAUUUAGAAAUGUAUUUCUACGAGUUGUUUUAGAAGUCAGGCCAGUGUUGAUAAGUGUGAUUUGUUUUCUGUGUGAGUGACUGUAGAUAUCUGUAGAGAUUUAAUACUCAGACUUGUUUACUUCUGUAUAGAGUCGUUGUUAUAAUGUAAAUACAUAUAUAUAUACACACGUGUGUUGACAUUUUAAUCUCUGUUUUAGAUAAAAGUGAAAGUGCUUUUGUUAAAUUAUCAGAAAAUAUUAAGGUGUUUUGGUUUUACAGAACACUGAAAGAUCCAAAUUUGGAGAAGUUUUCCCAUCACUUUCAUAUUUGAAAACAGUAGUUUAUAUUUUCAAACUUCACAGAAACAAAUUGAUUCCUAAGUUUCCAUUCCUUAUUGAUAAAUCUUGGAUCUAUGAAAUCAAUUCAUAUGAUUCAUUCCAGUUUACCUAGUCUCAAUUUACUCUCUUUGACACUAUGAAGCUGCAUUCCUAUGUCAUUUUGAUCAACAAAUAGUGUGACUUUUAGCCAGGGGAAGCCAUAUCCUGCCUGAUCAGUUUCCAUUCACAAAAAGAUCACGGGAACGACUAGGUAGCAGGACAGAAACGACUGUUGAAAUAAAUAUUCCACUUACAGUUUAUCUUAGUAAAGCAUGCCUAUCAUGUUUACUUUUGUUUUCAUUUUUCAAAACACAAAACAAUGUACUAUUAAUUACACAUUUCUGUGUGAGAUUUAUUGAUACACUGUUGAUCAACACUGAUAAUGUAGGAUAGUUAGGAUCAGAAUUAUUCAUACUCGCACUCUAUCACAAGGAUCUUUAAGAUUUCAGAAAUGUUGCAUUGUACAAUGAAUUUCAUCUUUAGAAAUAGCAUACUCACUGUGUUAAUGAUUCACAUGCUUAUCUCAGCACCUAAUUUAAGAUCACAUGUAAAUUAAGUAAGUAAGACUAUGAUUGAUCAAAGUAUGUAGUGAUAAAUCUGUAUAUUUUGCAACUAAAAUUAUGUAUAGUAUAUUGUCUAUAUUCAUUUUAUGAAAUGCUGUCACAAAGAAAAUGUGUUUCACUGAUGCAACAAGUUUACAGUAGUAUUAAUAAGUAUGACAAUAAAGUGCAAUAUUUGACCAUAACAAGCUGUAUGAGCCAUUGUGCUGUUAUCCUGUGUAUACCUCAUGAAAGUGACGGACAGAUAUAGCAUGUAACCAAUUUGUACAAAGAUUUUAACCAGGGAUACCUGUAGCUCUACUAAAGCUGUUAAAGAAAUGUUUCAUCCUAGACUGAGUUAUUGUAACUGACACAAAGACACAUCUAUCAAUUUGUCAUGCUUCCAACUUGUAGGAACUAACAUUGUUAUUUUCAAUUUCAUAAACAAAUAUAAGCUGCACCUAUUGAAUUAUGUGACUUGAUAAUAACAAUGUUACUGUAACAGGUAAAUGAACCUGUUCAAAUGUUCUGUUUUUAUUAUAAUUAAUAUGUCAGAAAGGCUGUAUGAUAAAGCACUAGUGUCUCAAAUGGUUUGCACUUAAUAUGCCAGUCUGAAUGCACAAACAGCCUAAAUGGAGGAUUUAUCAUAAAUGUAUAACCAUGAAGUAAUGAUAAAUUUUGUCCUAAACAAAGGGACAGGAUAUUGGUAUCAUAUACAACAAGCUAUGAUUUGUACAAAGAAGCCAUGUUAAAAACAAGGUGAGUUUUUGACUACUUUAACCCUAGUCAUGACCUGGUUCAUAUCUGCUGUUAUAUGCUUGCAUUAUUUUGUACAGAUAAAGAAAUCUUGUCGAAAUUUUGGAUUUUAUAUAUAACCAUAGUUUAUAUAUAUAUCUAAUUAUAAGAAAACCUCAGGAUGUUAAAAGGUUUACAGUUGGAUUUGUGUGUUAUUUUUAUUAAAGAACAGAAGACUUGCAGUACAAAUUGUGCCAAAAAUUCCUAAGCUCCUGUACUAAAAGCAGAGUAUAUGCAAACUUCAAUAUACAUUGUUUUCUUAUCCUGUUGAAUUGUGCCAUUGUGAAAAACAAGGAACAAGAUUAUUUCUAAGAACAGAAUCUACAGUAUGUUGUAAAGAUAUAAACUUACUGUGUCUGUAUGGUGGGUAAGGAUGUUCUUGUUAUCUAAAGGAUGUAGCAUAAAAUUGAGACUUAACCAGACAGUAUUCACUGAUAUAAAUUUCAUUAGCUACACAUAAUCACUUAGACAUUAUUGAGUGGUUCAGUCAUCAUUGAUGGCUGCAGUUGUGUCAUUUGUAUUAUAAUGUUUAACUAUUACAGAGAUAUAUGAUUGUGUUAUGAGAACUUAACGUACACGUCGUGCAUCAAAACCCACCUACUGAGAAAUAUACUUCACAUGUUUAUGUAUGUUCAAAUUCACCAAAUAGUGAAUUAAAUUGUUAUCUUUUAAAAGAUGAUUAUUGUUGCCUACUGGGGAUGUAAACAGUAUUCAAUUUUACACGGUGUAAGGUGGAGAUGAGUAGAUUUAUAGUAUCAAAACUGAAUAUUGAACAUGGAUUAGAUUUUCUUUUUUUAAGUUUUGUUUUGGACAUAUUGACUUACUCCAUUUGAUUAACUGUUGAUUCUUCCAUAACAGAUUGUUUGUAUAGUUUUAGUUGCUUCUGUUAAAGUUUUUGAUGUGAACCAUAUCCCAUUUGUCCUGAAGGUGCACUUUUAUGUCCAGAGAAAAGUGCACUCCUGUGUCCAGAGAUCAAAUUCAGUAAUGUUUCUUUGUGUAAAAAGUUUGUCUAAUGUCAUACUUGUACAUUUUCUUUAUUUGUAAAAUAAAUAAAUUUUACAACAAGCA